AUGCAGGAGGUCGGCUCCCGCAAUCAGGACGGCGACAGGUCCUCGGCCUCGGAUGCCGUGGCGCACGACGGCUUCGACCUCUCCCCGCACUUCGGCGCGGACGACGGCGUGGAGGCGGCUAGGCCCCAGCGCAACGGCGGCAGGAGCCUGGACGACGACGCCCUCGUCACUUCGCCUCCCUCGGGCUCCUGCUCCUGCUCUGGCGGCGGGGGGAUCGAUGAGGACGACGGCGUGGGCGGCGUCGGUGACGGCUGCACGCUCCACGGCUCGGAGACGGUGGCGCGCCAGGAGCCCGCGCGUGGGCCCAAGAGGCUCCUGGCUCUGCGCCGCCACGUCUUCGCGGGAUGCGUGGCCCUCACGGUUGACCGCGACAUUCGGAGGCCGGGCUGGCAGGGCGCAGGCGGCGACGACGCCCCUCCAGCUCCCUCAGCCUCCGAGCGAGAAGCUGGGCGCCUCUGGCUCCGCGACACGUUCGGGCCUGGCUCCCCGUGGAGGACGUGGGCCAGGCAGGAGCGGCGGCGGAGGCGCGAGGCUCAGCUCCAGCAGUAG